AUGGUAGACGAGGCAAAGAUAGAAGAAGCUAGAAUAAAGCUAGCACAGCACUCUCUUACAGAAGAACAAGAUGGCGAAGAGGUUGCCUUUCUCGACGUGUACAUGAGAUUCAACGAUGACAUGGAGAAGGACUACUGUUUCCAAGUCACCACCAAGACCAGAUUCAAAGAUCUCUACAAAGUGUUCCACACGUUGCCCAUAUCAUUGAGACCCAGCGUUUUUUACUAUUCGCGACCCAUUGGAUUCAGAAAGUCCACGGCACCGGGUUUUUUAACCGAAGAUGGCAAUUUCAUCUUUGAUAAUGAUGCCGGUAAAAUUAAAAGUGCCAUUAUCCCGCUGGAUGAAUUGGUCAAUGACCACUUGUGGCCUGGCCAAUUGAUCUUACCCGAGUGGCAAUUCAAUGAUUUUGCGUUUUUCUCCACGGUGGCGUUGCUCGUGACUUGGUUAUACACCGACUUGCCCGACUUUAUCAGUCCCACCCCGGGGAUAUGUUUGACGAACCAAUGCACCAAAUUGAUGGCUAAAGCAGCCGCGCAUUUUGGAUUCGAUAGUGUUGCUGCUAGUCUACUCAAGGACAUUGAGGGCGACGUUAGCAUUCCUUUGCAGUGCAUCUUUUUCGGAUUCCAUUUGAUCAAGGCGUUUUUCCUUUUUGGCUUUUUGUACACAGGCGCUUUCAACCCAAUCAAGGUGUUUAGAUUCAACGGGUUCGGCCAAAGCGGAGUCAAGUUGGAAGUCACCAGAGAAGAAUUGGUCAAAUUGGGAUGGACCGGUACCAGAAAAGCCACCAUCGACGAGUACAAGGACUUUUACAGAGAAUACAAGAUUCAAGAACAUGGAGGAAUGAUUGCUGCUCAUCAGGCUGGGUUAUUCAACACGAUUAGACACUUGGGAGUCCAAUUGCACGAAGGCGAAGGCUACAACACGCCAUUACUGACGGAUAACAAGACGGCCAAGAUGAAGGAGCUCGAGAUCAAGGCCAAGACUGAUCCUCAGUUCAAGUUCAAGCUCAAUUACGAGUGGUUUGCCGAGUUGGGAUACGUUUUCGCGGCCACCUCCGCCGACAAAGAAGGGUCCGAUUUGGCGGCGUUGAUUAAGCAGUUUAGAAGGUACGGCUUGUUGGUUAGUGAUAAACGUAUACAAACGGUGGUGCAAGCUAAAAAGAAGCAGGCAUAUGCCGAUUUGCUUGAAGAUGAGCAGUUGCUGACCUCACCAGCAGCAACAGCAGCACCUAAAGAAGCAAAAGCAGCUAAAAUCGAGGAGGCUGUUGAAGAGGAAGCCGAGGUCAAGGAGUAA